AAGAGAGUCUGCAAAGAGAUUGAAGAACAAGAAAGGCUGUAAUGGCUGGAAUUAAGGAGAAUUAUGGCUCCCAUCAUGAGAUAAGAAUUUUGGUCCAAGUAAUUGGGCCUCUCCCAUUUCAUCCGGCCCAAGAUUCGGCCCUUAUAAAGCCCAAGAUUCUCCUCAACACAUGGCUGCACCAGCUGAAGUCGAAAGAUCAGUUUCCUACAGUGAGCAUACGUCGAGGAGGCCGCCGCCGGAGUUGCCGUCUCUAUUACUUCAUGGAAGGAUCAUUUACAUCGGAAUGCCUUUUGUUCCGGCUGUCAGAGAGCUAGUUAUUGCUGAACUGAUGUACCUGCAAUGGAUGGAUCCAAAAGAACCAAUAUAUCUUUAUAUAAACUCCACAGGAACAACUCGAGAUGAUGACGAAACUGUAAGCUUUUAAUUUAUUCAGCUACCUGAAACAAGUGAAAUUAAGUUGUAAAGGGCAUGCAUUUCUUUCCUCAUGCUUUACAAUAUCAUCUGCCUACAUUUUUUAGGUUUUGUAUUCAGACUAUAAAUCUGGCUCGUUUAUCUACGCGUUGACAUGAACAUCAACUUGUUUGUCAUGAUCAGGAGUUCCUUUGUUUGAGAUCUUACAGGACUCAUUUUUUAAUUUGUUCAUCAUUAAUAAUUAAGAAAAACAAUUAAAAUG